ACAAUGUCCAAUCCAAUAUCGCGAGAUCAUGAACAUAGUGGCGUCCACUACGUGUGACGUUAGUCUGUGCGAUCAACGGAAGAAAUUAAACAUGUCGCUUACGAGCUUUCUACCGGCGCCGACCCAGCUGUCCCAGGACCAGCUGGAGUCAGAGGAGAGAGCCCGGGCACAGAGGUCCCACUCCACCGCCCUGGUCUCCUCCCGCAGAGAACCCCCUCCCUACGGCUACAGGAAGAGCUGGGUGCCCCGCUCUCUGGAGGACUUUGGUGAUGGCGGUGCCUUCCCAGAGAUCCACGUUGCCCAGUUCCCUCUGGAGAUGGGUAGGAAGAAAAAGACGUCCAACGCACUGGCCGUUCAGGUGGACGCUGAGGGCAAGAUCAAAUACGACGCCAUCGCCAGACAGGGACAGGGCAAGGACAAGGUGAUCUUCAGUAAGUACACAGACCUGCUUCCUAAGGAAGUGCUGAACGAUGAUGCUCCUGAGCUGCAGAAGCCUGACGAGGAGGCUGUCAAAGAGCUGACAGAGAAGACCCGUGAUGCUCUGAUGAAGCAGGUCUCUCAGAAGAUCGCUGCAGCCAUGCCUGUGAGGGCAGCAGACAAGCAGGCCCCUGCACAGUACAUCAGGUACACUCCUUCCCAGCAGGGUGUGGCCUUCAACUCCGGGGCCAAGCAGAGGGUCAUCCGUAUGGUGGAGAUGCAGAAGGAUCCCAUGGAGCCCCCACGCUUCAAGAUCAACAAGAAGAUUCCUCGUGGACCUCCCUCCCCUCCUGCACCAGUCAUGCACUCCCCCAGCAGAAAGAUGACUGUCAAGGAGCAACAGGAGUGGAAGAUUCCUCCCUGUAUUUCAAACUGGAAGAACGCAAAGGGUUACACCAUCCCACUGGACAAGCGUCUGGCUGCAGAUGGGAGAGGACUGCAGACCGUUCACAUCAACGAGAACUUUGCCAAACUGGCCGAGGCGCUCUACAUCGCUGACAGAAAGGCCAGAGAGGCUGUGGAGAUGAGAGCCCAGGUGGAGAAGAAGAUGGCCCAGAAAGAGAAGGAGAAGAAGGAGGAGAAGCUCAGAGAGCUGGCUCAGAUGGCCCGGGACCGCAGGGCAGGGAUCAAAGGUCACGGAGGGGACAAAGCUGGAGAGGACGGUGAGGCCAGAGAGCGUGACGAGAUCCGUCAUGACCGGAGGAAAGAGAGACAGCACGACAGGAACAUCUCCAGAGCCGCCCCCGAUAAGCGGUCGAAGCUGCAGAGAGACCAGGACAGAGAUAUCAGUGAGCUCAUCGCUCUGGGCCAGCCCAACCCUAGGGCCUCCAGCGAGGCUCAGUACGACCAGAGACUGUUCAACCAGAGCAAGGGUAUGGACAGCGGUUUUGCAGGCGGGGAGGAUGAGAUGUACAAUGUGUACGACCAGCCGUUCAGGAGAGGCGCCGACAUGGCUCAGAACAUCUACCGGCCCACCAAGAGCUCUGACAAGGACAUGUAUGGCGACGACCUGGACACACUCAUGCAGACCAACAAGUUUGUUCCGGACCGUGAGUUCUCUGGUACGGACCACGGUCCUCGUCGUGACGGCCCCGUCCAGUUUGAGGAGGAUCCGUUCGGUCUGGACAAGUUCUUGGAGGAGGCUAAGCAGCACGGCGGCUCCAAGAGACCCUCCACCAGUAGAGGCUCCAAGGACUACGACCACGACAAGAAACGCAGGAAGGAGUGAGAGGACGGAGAGAGAGAGAGAGACCCAGUCUGGUGGGAUGGGAGGGUAGCUCUCAGUAGUCACAAAAUGGCUGCGAAUGUUUUGAACC